AUGGCCUCAUCUUCCUCCACUUCGUCGGCUGCCUCUGCAGAGAGCGAAUCGGAGGCGGAGAUAAAGGACUCGAAGACAUACACUGAGGGAGACUGCUCAACCGUGUCAUCUGACGAUGUCAGGUUUCGCUUACCAAGCUUUUAUAUGCGUGCUGCAAGUUCCGUCUUUCGAGACAUGCACGAGAUCGGCUCGGAAACCACACUCGACAUUCCAAUGACUGAUGGCAACCUCGAAACGGCGGUCCGGAUCAGGGCAUGGCUCGAUGUCAUCACCGGCAAAGGUCUCAAAAUCAACGACAAUUUCCCCUUCCUCUCUCAGUCCGUCAUCCAGCUCGCUCGUAAAUACGAAUGCCCGGGGGUGGAGAGCUCUACCAUCGCAUUUGUCCACAGGGCUAUGGAGAUACUACCAAUGGAGAAAACCUUUCAAUUACUGCGCGUCGGUGCGGCUAUCGACGACCCCGAGAUCGUCGCGAAGGCCAUCCGCGUGCUAGGGGACGUUCACUGGGGUGAAGAGAUCCCGCCCCUACCGGCAGACCAGAUCCCCGGCGUUCCGGAAACCUGGAUGACGGACCCAUCUACCUGGUCAUGGGCUCAUUACAAAGAUCUACCUCUUGAGUACCUGUGGGCGAUGUCGAGGUCAAGCAGGAUGGGCGGUACAAAGGAGGACCGGGGCAUCAAGAUGAUGGAGUUGAUAGAGGAGAUCAAGUUAGGGGGUCUAGCUCGUCGGUCGUGGAGGAGAUCCUCAUCUAUCCAGUCUAUGGAGUCUGCUCAUUGGUCCGCAGGCGUCCCUCUGCAGGUCGAUCAGCAGCUUAGCCGGGGCUUGGGCAAUCGGCAAGGAAAAGUCCGUGACAGUGCGAGCGCGAUGACAUGGGCGGCAGCUCAUCGUCAAGCAAUAUAUGCCUGGCAGCAAUUGAUUUAUCCUACACCUCCAGAUAUUGGGGGGCUGUCCGGCAUCGAAGACGCCGGUACGCAGCAUGGUACUGCGAAGCGGACGGAACCAAAUAUCCAGCUCCACAUUCCUCAGAUUUCGGCAGACUCCGGCAGAUGUGACACACCUAUUCACCUCAGCACCUAUCGCGUCCAGAACACAUCCUGGCUUGAGUAA